UUUCCGCCUCCGUCCAAAAAGAGAUAAUAAUAUUUAGAGGCGCUUGCUGGGGGCUGAAUGAGAAUUGGCCCUAGGCACAGCCCAUCAUUAGCACGGGACAGCCGGGCCACCGUGACAUUUUUUAGAAAGCUGAGAUGAUGGAAAGAAUAAGAAAAGAGAUGAUUCUGAUGGAGAGAGGGCUGCACAGCCCAACGGCCGGCAAGAGGUUCUCCAAUUUGUCCGAUUCGGCUGGCAAUGCUGUGUUGGAGGCCCUGGAAAAUUCGCAGCACCCGGCUCGUCUCAGCCCGCGCUUGCCGUCCGCCCCUCUGCACGGCGCUCUGGGAGAUCUCCCAGCCAAGGGCAAAUUCGAAAUAGACACUUUAUUCAACCUGCAGCACCCAGGCAGCGAAAGCUCCGUCUCUUCCGAAAUCGCCACUGCCGCCGCCGCCGCGGAGGGCCGCAAAAAGCCGGGGCAUUAUUCGGAGGCGGCCGCCGAGGCGGACAUGAGCAGCGACGUGGAGGUGGGCUGCUCUGCGCUGCGCUCCCCGGGAGGCCUCGGUGCCACCGCACCGCUCAAGGAAAACAAUGGCAAAGGGUACUCGGAGAGUGGCUCCACCGCCAGCACCACGACGUCCGCGUCAGGCUCGGGCCUCGGGAGCCUGCAUGGAGGCGGCGGCGGGGGCGCGGCGCUGGGCGGCUCCGGCUCCGGUGCAGAUCAGGUGCGGCGAUACCGCACGGCGUUCACCCGCGAGCAGAUUGCGCGCCUGGAGAAGGAGUUCUACCGGGAGAAUUAUGUGUCGCGGCCCCGCCGGUGCGAGCUGGCCGCUGCGCUCAACCUGCCAGAAACCACUAUCAAGGUGUGGUUCCAGAACCGGCGCAUGAAGGACAAGCGGCAGCGCCUGGCCAUGUCGUGGCCGCACCCGGCCGACCCCAGCUUCUACACCUACAUGAUGACGCACGCGGCCGCCACCGGAAGCCUGCCCUACCCCUUCCACUCGCACGUGCCGCUGCACUACUACCCGCACGUGGGCGUCACGGCCGCGGCCGCCGCGGCCGCGGCUUCCGGCGCCGCCGCCGCGGCCUCCUCGCCCUUCGCCACUUCCAUCCGCCCGCUGGACACCUUCCGCGCCCUCUCGCACCCCUACUCGCGGCCCGAGCUGCUCUGCAGCUUCCGCCACCCGGGCCUCUACCAGGGGCCCGCGGCCGCCGCGGGGCUCAACAGCGCGGCCUCCGCAGCGGCGGCGGCGGCGGCGGCGGCAGCGGCGGCCUCGUCCGCCGCGGCAGCCGGGGCGCCCCCCAGCGGCGGCUCCGCGCCCUGCUCGUGCCUCAGUUGCCACAGCAGUCAAUCCGCCGCCGCCGCCGCUGCCGCCGCCGCCGCCGCCCUGGGCUCGCGGGGCGGCGGCGGCGGCGGCGCGGGCGGCGGCGGCGGCGGCGCGGGGGCUGCGGCGGGCUCGGACUUCGGCUGCAGCGCCGCGGCGCCGCGCUCCGAGAGCGGCUUCCUGCCCUACUCCGCUGCAGUGCUCAGCAAGACAGCCGUGAGCCCCCCGGACCAGAGGGACGAGGCACCGCUCACCAGAUAACUACAUCGCUGCCGCCAGGGGGCCGCGCCCGUCGCGCCGACUUUGCCCGGGAGUCCCCUGAGCGCCCGCCCCCCAACCUUGGCCCCCCAGCCCCGCGCCCUCCGUGCGCCCAGGUGCCCUCUGCGCUCUGCCCUCCGUUAACGUUGCCGCCAGGGGGCGCCCCGGCGCGGGAGGCUGAAGGAAACCCGCCCUGGAUGGGGGGCGAGAGUCGGCGCGAAAGCCUGGCCGAAGUCUCCCCAAAUUAUUUAUAUUUUUGUAUUUGCUCCCCAGCAGCCUUUCCCUCCUCUAAGUAUGUUUCCCGCCGCUCAGUCCCCUCUUCCCGCCUCCGUCCUGAGCUCUUGGUCUCCCCGAAGACAAUUCCCUGGGUCCGAAACCCGUUCUCUGGGGUCCGUGCGUCCUCGGGCCGGGGUACCUCGGCUAAGCACGUGGCCAGCAGCAGCCGGGAAGCGCAGCAAAGAGCGGAGACGGCACGGUGUGCGCUAGCGCUUUGUGUGGGAGGCGGGCACCCCAGGGUCCGGUUGCUGCGCUUCGCCCUUCCAUACUUUCUUUUCUUUAAAGGAGGGGGAGGGGGAUGACCACUGCUCUUUCUGUGUAAGCUUGUGGGGGGCCCUAAGCGGAGGACAGUCGGAGGAGAUGACCAGGAGGGUGGAUAGAAGGAGCGGGGCAGUUGCUGGGGGUAUCGGUCAGUGCGUGCAGGACGGAGCGAGGCCGGGUGGGCUGUGGCCGCCUUGCCGCGAAAGGACAGCUGAGGUGGGCAGGGCUGACGGCUUCCCCCUGCGCUCUCCUUUAGUCUGUGGUCUGGAAGGAAGGCAUCCUACUUUAUGCAAGGGAGGCAAACAGCUUAUGAAGUUGUCGAAGCCAGCAAGGAAGGGGAAGAAGGCACGGGGAGGGCUCUAGAUGGACGGGUCGCUGCAGCCUUGGAGAAGCGUUUUCAGCUCAGUUUUUCCAACUACCGGGUUCCACUCGAUCUGGGAAAUACUUGAAUCUCUAGCUAUAUUAUCCUGAACCGUUUCCUUCGACAGUUUUCUAAGUUCGAACUCCCCGUACCCUUGACCCCUCUCUUCCAUCCUCGUUUCCCUUUUCCCCGGGUGAAAUGGUUCUUGGCAUAUUUCUUAUGCGUGUCUAUUUGCCGCUGUAAAAGCCACCGCUGGGUUGCUGAGACCCGCUUUGCCAACCCCGGCUACUGGAGGGGUUUCCUUGAACUCAAAGAAAGGCACAUCAAAACCCACCAGUGUUAACUGCCACGUCAAUUUUGAUGCUAAUAAUGUGCAGAUUAUGACGAAAAUUGCCAAUCAUGCUCUCUGAUGGACCUCCUUUGAAUGUGGAAUUGGAGAAAAGUUCCCCGCACGGAGACCUGCUGUCAACUACUAACAACCCGCUAAGGGAAGUCAUUAGGAGAGACGGAUAAGAGACUCGGUACAUAAAACAUUGUUCUUGGUGCAUAGAAUGUACGUUAUUUAAUGUUAUCUCUGUUACCUGAAGUGAUUUCGCAGAAGAAAGCCACGUUCUUAUCAUCUCAAUUGCCAAUUUUCAUUUUGGUAACUUGGACGCCCUGGGUAGACUUUCCUCUGUUAAGUUGAUAUUCCACCGAUGCGAACAGCCUCAUUAAAUCAAGCCCAGAUAUUUCCAUAAUGCUCCCCGCAGAGUCACUUCGCUUCUCACAUAAUGAGAUUUUCUGAAGAGUUGAAGCCCUAAAAUAACUUGCUAGUGCAUGUUUUAGACCCAGUAAAGUGGGUAUGUGUGUAUGUUAAAAUGUAGGUGUCUACCUACAGAUUCGUGUAUGUGUGUGUAGAUAUAUGUAUGUAUGUACAUACAUAUGUAUAUCCCUUCUCUUAAACACAUACAUAGGUAAGAGAGACACACAUCCAUAUAUACCCAUUGGCACUACUUUCUAUGAUUUAUUUCAAAUUUCUGUUUGGAUCUUUAAAGACACUGGAUUUUUAAAAAAUUGCUUCCUAAAAAUAGGCUUUCAACAAACUUUUGAAAGAAUUCACUGUACAGGAGAAAUUAUUAUCUUCAAGUGGAAAAUAUUUCAAGGGGAAAUAGUAUUUUGAAACUCGGGGUCUAUUAAAUAUUCCCAUAAAAUGUUAGAGAACUUCCCAAUGAAAUAGCGAUGAUCUGAUGCUCAACUUUUUGUUUUGUUUUUUUUUUCUUUUAAAAAGUGAGACUACUUACAUAAAAUAUUAAUUAUACCAGCUCUUACUGAGUUUACAUUUAAAAAUAUUAAUAUAUAAUUUAAGGCUAAAUAAAAUAAACCAAAAUAUGGUACCCUUUUUAUCAGCUUUACCUUUGUAGAUUGUCCUUUCUUACGAUCAGCUAUCAGCUGUAUAUAGGUUCUUUAGGCAAUAAUGUUUACAUUUCCCCCAAAAUAUAUAUGAUCGAUGAGAACGCUGGUUGGUAAAAUUAACAAAUUCAUCUUAUGUUAGGUCCAUUGGAUCUGGUUAUUAUAUUAAAAUAAAAUUGUAAAUAAAGUUUCGUGCUUUAAAAUUGCUGACUGUAUGAACUCACUGUAAG